AUGGCUGCCGUCCAGCCCUCCGACACCAGAUCAGAGAGCAAGGUCGGCGAGGUCUACGACUUGGACAAGGGACUUCGCGAGCCCGAUUUGAAGAAACUCGAUGUUGCCGCAGGUCUGGCAGAUGUGUUUGAGGGCGGCGAGGGCUACUCGCCCAAGGAAGUCUGGCGCCUUCGUUGGAAGCUCGACCUUCGAUUGAUUCCCAUCCUCUGGUUCAAUGUCCUUUUGCCGGCCAUGGACAAGGUCAGCCACGCCACCGCCGCCCUCUACGGGCUCAGAACGGACCUGAACCUUGUGGGCGACCAGUACUCGUGGAUUGGGAGUAUUUUCUACUUUGGCUACCUGGUCUGGUGCUUCCCAUCGGGCUCGCUCUUGCAGAAAUUACCCAUUGCAAAGACCAUGUCCAUCGCCAUGAUGCUCUGGGGCGUGCUGCUCAUCGGAUCCGGCUUCGUCAAAACCUUCUCGCAGCUCAUGGCUUGUCGCUUUCUGCUGGGUCUGUUGGAAGCUCCAAUCGUUCCUGGAAACAUGUUGAUUCUCUCCAUGUGGUAUACCCGAUCGGAACAAUCACUCCGCUACGGACUGAUGUACACGGGUCUUUCCACCUGUUUCACCGGCCCUAUCGGCUAUGCAAUCGGCUUUAUCAACAUGGAUCACUUCCACAAGUGGCAGAGCUUCUUUUGGAUCUGCGGAGCCAUGACUUUCGUCUACGGCCUUGCUGUGGGAAUCUUUCUGCCCGAUAACCCAGUCACGGCCAAGUUCCUGAACGAGAGGGAGAAGGCCAUUGCCAUUGAUCGUGUCCGAAUCAACCAGACGGGAAUUGAAAACAAGACAUUCAAGAAAGAGCAAUUCAUCGAAGCCUUCCUCGACAUCCGGGUCUGGCUGAUGUUCUUGUUCAACAUCUGGAUCAGUAUUCCCAACGGUGGUCUCACCAACUUCUCGCCCUUGAUUGUGAAAGGUCUAGGCUACAGCUCGCAGCGGUCCGCGCUCCUGACCAUCCCCAAUGGUGUCGUCCAGACCGCUUCCAGCUACAUUUGCAACGGAGGCGUCUUCCUCGCCUUGAAGUAUUUCCCCAAGUAUCACUUCCGUGGUGCUUUCAUCAUCUUCGGCAUCAUCGUCGGCCUCAUUGCCGCCGUUUUCUUAUACACACUCCCUCUGACAUCGUACCACAGCCGUCUCGCGGCCAUGUACAUGUCUUUCUUCUACUUGGGUCCGUACAUCGUCGCCCUAAGUCUUGUGGGCGCGAACACGGCGGGCCACACCAAGAAAGUCACCGUCAAUGCCAUGAUGUUCGUCUCUUACUGCGUCUCGAACAUCGUGUCGCCGCAAUUCUUCAAACCCUCCCAAGCACCCCUCUAUCCGCUGGGCACUGGUGCCAUUCUGGGCUCGUACGCCUUGUCCCUGAUCACCAUCGGCGUCUACAUGUUCCUCUGCUGGUGGGAGAACAAGAGGCGAGACGCGCGAGACGCUGCUGCCGGCGCGGUUGUUCACCCUGACACCGACUUCAAGGAUCUCACGGACAAGCAAAACUUGGUAUGUCCCACUGUCAUACACCAUUGCAGUGAUUAA